GCCAUCUGAUGUUUCCGGAAUUUGCCUCGGAAGCGACAUAUAGACAACUUGUGGACUUCCCGCCAAAAGGUCUGAAGUGAGAUGGGACGACAUCAUACUUCGGUCAUCAAAAGAAACCAUCCAAUCCCAAUCGGACAUCUUCAACCACACAUCACCAUCUUUAUUCCGCCAACUCAUUCAACUAUCUCAGCUUCAUCAAUCCUACUUCAUCAACCGUAGCAGGUACAUCAUUAUUUCUUACAGAUACUAUACCAGAAUACACAAGAUGGCCAACUGGAUCGUCUUUGAAACCACCGACUCGGUCAUUGAAAUCCUCUGGGACGUCGCCCUCGCCUUCUUCGUCGUCCGCCUCGCCGCCCUCUACGCUGCCCUGACCCUGCUCCCAGCCUGGUCCCUGAUGUUCCUCCUGCAUCACCUCCACCACAACCUCCCUCCCUCCAUCGUCUCAAUCUGGAAAGGCAAUCCGCAUCUGCUUGCCUGUGUCUUGACCUGGCUCGCUGCGCUCGCCGCCGCCUGGUUCUUGGUCAGGAAGUUUGAGGUCCCCCGCGUGUGGCCAUUCCGGCUCGCGAUGGGCGCGUCGGGCGCUGUGGUCGGGAUGGGGAUGGAGGCGGUGGUGAGCGGGAUGGGGUAUGAGUUUUUGGGGUGGGAGAGGAUGGAGGAUUUGGUGGUGGUGGGCGGCGGGUGGAAGAUGGGGAUGGGCGCCGUGGUUGGGAUGGCGACGAUGCCGGUCCUGGCGAUGGGCCCGGAGAGGUGGUUGGAGAAGCGCGCUGCUGUGCUGAGGCAUAGACAGCGGGAGAAGAUGGGCGAAGUGUGAGUUUGCAUGACUGUGGUGGGGCGGUGUUGGUGGCCUUGAUGAAUGGAAAGCUAACGAGGAUGUAGGCUGCAUGUUGUCGUGGAGGAGAAGAGGAAGGAGGCGGGUGGUCUCUAACGACCGGGACGAGGUUUGGGGAUGGUCUGCG